AUGACCUCCCCGUCGGUAAAAUUGGUCCAAAUGGACCGACUACCUUUACCGGUAACGAUUAGCUUCAUUCGAUCCAAGGUAUCAGAAGGUGAAAGCUUCCAGAUCGGGAAUAAAAGAUUUAGAAAGGUCCUCUGUGUUGGUCGUAUAGAAUCGUGUCGCGCUGUGCGAAGCAUUGGAGCGCUUGAGUACGUUAUCAGCGAUCCGUCACCUGAUGGUAGUACUCCAAGCGAGAUCUCCGUCCUUUAUGUUGAUGAGUCUUACGAUGUUUCGCGGCCAACGGAGAAGUUUCCGCGUGGAACACUUGUACUUGUUCCUGGAAAACUAAUGCGUUUCAAGGGAAAUGUGGCGAUCCAGGCGUAUUCUAUUAGAGAAAUACUUUGCCAGGAGGAAUACGAUUGCUUGCGAAUGGAAGCAUUCCUUGCGGUGCAGUAUCACACCAAAAAUCCAUCUGGUCAGACGCCAGCACGACGUCCAUCAACAGGCUCUAAGCCUCGCCGGUCUUCGUCGACGGUCACGCCAUCACCGUCGGUUGCUGGAAAGCGAGUAGCUUCGCCCGCUGUUGUCUGUAUCUCUACCCCGAAAAGACCGAUCACUUCUGUUCGCUCGUCGUCCUCGAGUAGUCUACUAGAUAGGAGUGGAGGAGAUCUUGCCCAGAAUGGGAAUGUCGGUGCUGAAAGCGCGGCGCCGGCUCACUGUCACAGGAACAGCAGUUUGAACGAGGUUGGAAGUCAGGAUUCCUUUGAAGAUACUGUUUUUAUGAAGACAUAG